UUGCACCCUUCCUAAUAAAUUUAUGGACAGUCUGGGUCAGGUUGUGGCUGGAUUUCUUAUAUUGCUUGAAGACUUGGAAAAUUCUGUAUACUGUUUCAUACAUGCAUCUGUAUCUUCUUUUCUUUUCCCAAUGGGUUAUUAUUUCCACAUCAGGGAAAAGAAUCUAGUUAAUGUUUAUUUUCUCUAAACCAAGCAAUUUCUUUGAAUAAAAUUUGGUAUUUCUUCCUUUCUCAAAGGUUUGUAUGUUUUCUUUUGUAUACUAGAGCUAUAUGAUUGUGUUUUUUUCCUACAGUAGUAUUUGCAUAAAUCUAACUAUUGCACUUGCCCCAAAAAGCCUUAGAAAAGUCAGUUGCGGAGAUUUAUAAUGGGAUCCAAUAUUACUAGGUUUUAAUGCCAUGAUAGCUUCAGUGUUAUAAUAGUCUUUUAUAUUUCUUUUGGGGGAAAAUGGAUUACUACUUUUUCAGAAGCCUGUUCCCAAGAUGAAAACUUUAUUCUCAAACAUGACAGAGCAUUCCUUUUGUCAAUGGCAAAUCGAGGGAAACAUACCAAUGGUUCCCAGUUUUUCAUUACCACAAAACCUGCUCCACACCUGGAUGGGGUGCAUGUUGUCUUUGGAUUAGUUAUUUCCGGUUUUGAAGUAAUCGAACAAAUUGAAAAUCUGAAAACUGAUGCUGCAAGUAGACCUUAUGCAGAUGUGCGAGUUAUUGACUGUGGGGUUCUUGCCACAAAGUCAACAAAAGACGUUUUUGAGAAAAAAAGGAAGAAACCAACUCAUUCAGAAGUCUCGGAUUCCUCUUCCAAUUCCUCUUCCUCUUCAGAAUCAUCUUCAGAAAGUGAAAUUGAACAUGAGAGAAGCAGAAGAAGGAAACAUAAGAGGAGGCCAAAAGUUAAACAUUCUAAAAAGAGAAAAAAGGAAGCAAGCAGUUCAGAAGAGCCAAGGAAUAAACAUAUAAUAAGCCCAAAAGGUCACUCUGAGAGGAGUGAUACCAAUGAAAAAAGGUGUAUCGAUUCAAAUGCUAAAAGGGAAAAGCCUGUGGUGCGCCCAGAAGAGAUUCCUCCAGUGCCCGAGAACCGAUUUUUACUAAGAAGAGAUAUGCCUCUUGUCACAGUGGAGCCUGAACCGAAGAUUCCUGAUACUACACCCAUUGUAAGUGAUCAGAAACCAUCUGUAUCAAAGUCUGGACGGAAGAUUAAAGGAAGGGGCACAAUUCGCUAUCACACACCUCCAAGAUCAAGAUCCUGUUCCGAAUCAGAUGAUGACGAUAGCAGUGAAACUCCUCCUCACUGGAAAGAAGAAAUGCAGAGAUUAAGAGCAUAUAGACCGCCUAGUGGAGAAAAAUGGAGUAAAGGAGAUAAGUUAAGUGACCCCUGUUCAAGCCGAUGGGAUGAAAGAAGCUUGUCCCAGAGAUCCCGAUCGUGGUCCUAUAAUGGAUAUUAUUCAGAUCUAAGUACAGCAAGACACUCUGAUGGUCACCAUAAAAAACGCAGAAAAGAGAAAAAGGUUAAGCAUAAAAAGAAAGCUAAAAAGCAGAAACAUUGCAGAAGGCACAAACAGACUAAGAAGAGAAGGAUUAUUGUACCAUCUGACAUAGAAUCCUUAAGAUCUUCCACCCGAAGAGUGAAAUCCUCAUGUGAUAGAGAAAGGAGAUCUCGUUCUUCCUCAUUGUCAUCUCAUCACUCAUCCAAGAGGGACUGGUCUAAAUCUGAUAAGGAUGACCAGAGCUCUUCAACCCAUUCCAGCAGAGACUCAUACAGAUCAAAAUCUCACUCACAGUCUUAUUCUAGAGGAAGCUCAAGGACUCCAUCAAAAUCCUCAUCACAUUCUCGAAGUAGAUCAAAGUCCAGAUCUAGUUCUAAGUCAGGGCACCAAAGAACAGCAUCAAAAUCACCAAGAGGAACAGCCUCUCAGUUAAGUGAAAAUAAACCUGUUAAAACAGAACCUUUAAGAGCAACAGUGACACAAAAUGAAAAUGUUUUAGUACAACCAGUGGUGGCAGAAAAUAUUCCUGUAAUACCACUGAGUGACAGCCCCCCUCCUUCAAGGUGGAAGCCUGGACAGAAGCCCUGGAAGCCCUCUUAUGAACGAAUCCAGGAAAUGAAAGCUAAAACAACCCAUUUGCUGCCCAUCCAAAGCACUUAUGGUUUAGCAAAUGUUAAAGAGACUGGUAGUUCAUCAUCCUACCAUAAAAGAGAAAAAAAUUCAGAAAGUGAUCGGAGCGCUUAUUCAAAAUACAGUGAUAGAAGUUCAGAAAGCUCACCAAGGUCAAGGAGUAGAUCUUCUAGGAGUAGAUCUUAUUCCAGGUCAUACACAAGGUCUCGAAGUUUAGCUAGUUCACAUUCAAGGUCUAGGUCUCCCUCAUCUAGAUCUCAUUCACGAAAUAAAUACAGUGACCACUCACGGUGUAGUAGAUCAUUUUCAUACUCUUCUGUUAGCAGUGAUGAUGGAAGACGAGCCAAGAGAAAAUUUAGAUCCAAUGGGAAAAAAAAUAACACCUCAAAUAAAAGGCACAGCAGCAGCUCUGAAAAGACACUUCGUAAUAAAUAUGUCAAAGGCAGAGACAAGUCUUCAUGUCAUAGAAAGUACAGUGAAAGCAGGUCAUCUUUAGAUUAUUCUUCAGACAGUGAACAGUCAAGUGUUCGUGUUACACAGUCAGCCCAGGAAAAAGAGAAGCAAGUCCAAAUGGACAUGAAUAAUAAACAAGAGAAAAAAAGAGAUGAAGAGAAAUCUAAGCCUGAACGGGAAUGUCCUCAUUCAAAAAAAAGAACUUUGAAAGAAAGUCCUUCUGAUCACUUUAGAAAUGGCAGUAAGCCCAAAAGGAAGAACUAUGCUGGGAGUAAAUGGGACUCUGAGUCAAAUUCUGAACAAGAUGUAACUAAAAACAGUAAAAAUAAUUCCCGGCCAUCUUCUGAUAAGGAGGAAGGUGAAGCCACUUCAGAUUCUGAGUCAGAGUUGGGUGAAAUUCACAUCAAAGCCAAACCAACAACUAAGUCUUCAGCAAAUACUUUACUGCCUGAUGGUAAUAGUGCCUGGAAAUCAAGCAAACCGCGGUCAUCAACCUCUGAUUCUGAGGGGUUCUAUUCCAAUUCAGAAAACGGUAGAGGAAAACCACACAAGCAUAAACACAGCUCAAAGGAGCAUCUUAAAAGGGAACAUACCAAAAAAGCAAAAGAGAAAUUGAAAGGGAAAAAAGAUAAAAAACACAAGGCUCCAAAACGAAAACAAGCAUUUCACUGGCAGCCUCCACUAGAAUUUGGUGAAGAGGAGGAGGAGGAGAUUAAUGAAAAGCAAGUUACUCAGGAAGCAAAAGAGAAAAAACAACUUUCUGAAAACAGUGAAGCCGUAAAAGAAAAUAUUCCCCAAACUGAGAAGCCCUGUGAAGAUGGCAGUCUUUCAGGUAAACAUAAUCCAAUAACGGUUUCAUCAGAUACUGAUCAGCCUACUAAAGAUGAUAGUAAACUCAGUGUGUCUCCCGCAGCUUUAAGCACUGAGGAAAAUGUAGUCAGUUCUCCCCCGAAAGUUCAGCAUAUUGAAGAGAGCAUCCCAAGCGGAGUGGAGGAUCUGCUUCAAACAGAUGACAACAUGGAGAUUUGCACUCCUGAUAGGAGUUCCCCAGCAAAGGCCGAGGGGGCUUCCCCUCUAGGAAAUUCAAGCCUUGACACCCCGGAUAUAAGCAUUGUUCUAAAGCAGGAUAUGCCAGCAGAGCAUCCUGAGGCAGAGUUGGGAAAACAGGAAAGCAGCAUGUCAGAAAGCAAAACAGUGGGUGAGGUGGGAAAACAGGACAGCAGCUCCGCCAGCUUGGCCACUGCUGUAGAAAGCACUGUGAAGAGAGAGGUGGCUGAGAAAAGCCAGACCAGCCUCAUGGAUAAUAAAUGGAAGCCCCUGCAAGGUGUGGGGAACCUGGCAGCACCAUCUGCUACUACAUCAAGUGCUGUGGAAGUUAAGGCACUGACUACUGUGCCUGAAAUGAAACCACAAGGCUUGAGAAUAGAAAUUAAAAGCAAAAAUAAAGUUCGGCCUGGGUCUCUCUUUGAUGAAGUAAGAAAGACAGCACGCUUAAACCGGAGGCCAAGAAAUCAGGAGAGUUCAAGUGAUGAGCAGACACCUAGUCGGGAUGGCGAUAGCCAGUCCAGGAGUCCAAGUAGAUCGCGAAGUAAAUCUGAGACCAAAUCAAGGCACAGAACAAGGUCUGUCUCCUACAGUCACUCAAGAAGUCGAUCGAGAAGUUCCACAUCAUCUUAUCGAUCAAGAAGCUACUCCAGAAGUCGGAGCAGAGGGUGGUACAGCAGAGGCCGCACAAGAAGCCGGAGCAGUUCCUACCGCAGUUACAAAAGCCAUAGGACGUCCAGCAGGAGCAGAUCCAGGAGCAGCUCGUAUGAUCCCCACAGUCGGUCCAGCAGGUCCUACACUUACGAUAGCUACUAUAGCAGGAGUCGGAGUCGAAGUAGAAGCCAGAGGAGCGACAGUUAUCACCGAGGCAGAAGCUACAAUAGGCGGUCCAGGAGUUGUAGAUCUUAUGGCUCUGACAGUGAAAGUGACCGAAGUUACUCUCAUCACCGGAGUCCCAGUGAAAGCAGCAGAUAUAGUUGAAAGUGUCCCCUUUUUUUGAUACAAAUUAUAUCUUAUUUGUAAAUAUCUGGUAACUUAAAAGUUUAAGAAACUUAAUGACAGUCUGUUCUGUUUCAAUAUUAGAGAUGAAGUUGAAAAAUAGACACUUAUUGUUAUUUGUUCAUUUACAUGUGCAUAGAAUUUAAAAUACAGACAUGUCUCCUAAAAAUAUUUAUAUGCCACAUUUUACAGUAGCCAACUAUGGAAAUGAAUUUCAUUUUCUUGAAUCAAGAAAUCAUGAAAUUUAAAUAUAAUUUGCAAUAUUAUUUUAGCUAGAUUAUUUCUCUCCAUCUCAUGUAUUUCUUAGAAUACAGAUUCUUUUUGCCCGUUUUUAAGGUUUUAGCAUAUAUGCUGCCAAGCAUAGAACUGUGAAGGAGAACUGUGAAAGGUGACCAAAUACUUAUAUACCAGUUACACAGAAUCUUAUACAUGUGUGCUCUUAAAAACAAACUGCCCAGAAUUGAUACUAAUGGUAGCCAGGAGUAUAAGGCAGUGGCUCUGGGGUUCUUAAUUCAUUCCUUACUUCUUUGUUGUCUCAGAGGAUCAGGAAAGUAGUCACCACACAGCCCACUGUAUUAUUUCAGGCUGGCGCGUGAGGUUAAGAAGAGUAAAUCAGCCUUAACUAUAAAUACCUGCACUCUCUCUAAAGCCCUAACGUUUUAUGUGCUUUCUAAUAAAUACUAUCAGAAGUUCGGUUUGUAAAAAAAACAAUUCUAGGGCUUCCCUGGUAGCACAGUGGUUGGGAGUCCACCUGCCGAUGCAGGGGACACGUGUUUGUGCCCCGGUCCGGGAGGAUCCCACAUGCCGCAGAGCGUCUGGGCCCGU